AUGGGUAACGAAAAGACUCACGUUAACGUCGUCGUCAUCGGUCACGUCGAUUCUGGAAAGUCCACCACUACCGGACAUCUUAUCUACAAGUGCGGUGGUAUUGACAAGCGUACCAUCGAAAAGUUCGAGAAGGAAGCCGCUGAACUCGGUAAGGGUUCCUUCAAGUACGCCUGGGUUCUUGACAAGCUUAAGGCUGAACGUGAACGUGGUAUCACCAUCGAUAUUGCCCUCUGGAAGUUCGAGACCCCCAAGUACCACGUCACCGUCAUUGAUGCUCCCGGACAUCGUGAUUUCAUCAAGAACAUGAUUACUGGUACUUCCCAAGCUGAUUGCGGUGUUCUUAUCAUUGCUGCUGGUACUGGUGAAUUCGAAGCCGGUAUCUCCAAGGAUGGACAAACCCGUGAGCACGCUCUUCUUGCCUUCACCCUCGGUGUCCGCCAACUUAUUGUUGCCAUCAACAAGAUGGACACCACCAAGUGGUCUGGUGACCGUUACGAUGAAAUCGUCAAGGAAGUCUCCUCCUUCAUCAAGAAGAUCGGUUUCAACCCCAAGUCCGUUCCUUUCGUCCCUAUUUCCGGAUGGCACGGUGACAACAUGUUGGAGGAGUCCACCAACAUGCCCUGGUUCAAGGGCUGGACCAAGGAAACCAAGGCUGGUUCCAA